AUGUGGUUGAACUUCUGCCGAAAACACCACACCCAGCUCUGCUCUAUUUCGGCCGGCGACCCUGUGCAGGGAUUCCAGCUGAUUGAUUGCAAUUCGGAUAACAGAAUCAUCACAGCGACACGUAACAUGGAGUACAUAGCUUUGAGCUACGUCUGGGGUCCGAAUGCCUCUGUCGAUGCGGUUAAGAAUGGAACGCUGAUCCGAAAUCGUCUACCCCAGACCGUCCGCGACGCUAUUGAUGUGACGAAGAGGCUAGGGUAUCGAUAUCUCUGGGUGGACCGGCACUGCAUACCCACGGAUUCUCAGACCAAGCACUCGCAGAUCAGCCAGAUGGAUAUCAUAUACAAACAGGCACAAGCCACGCUCCUUGGAGCAUCUGGCGAUGGUGCAGACUUCGGACUCCCAGGGGCUGAGUCACGCCAGCGAGAUGAGCAGCCAACGGCAGCCCUUGGACGGCAUACGCUCUUCUCCACGUUGCAGCACCCAAAGGUUAAGAUUUGGAAAUCGACAUGGGACAGCCGAGGCUGGGCAUACCAAGAAGCGAUGCUCUCAACACGCCGAAUCUUCUUCACCGAAGAGCAGGUCUACUGGGAGUGCCGCAGUAUGCAAUGCACCGAAGCGCAUCCGCCAACCCUCGCGGACUGA